CAAAUCUUCUCCAACAUGUACAGCAACUCCACCAUUCCCUCUUUAUUGCCAAUGCGAUCUAGUCUUAUGCACACAAAUCCAGAGUGUUUAAUUUCUGCAUCUUUUGUAGAAAAAUCCAGCCAAGUCUUGGACAAAGUUAAUCUUGGCAUGGAUGAAGAUGAUGAUGAACCUGUCCCUCUUCCUAACGUAAAUGCUGCCAUCCUCAGGAAGGUUAUCCAGUGGGCUACACAUCACAAAGAUGACCCACCCCCACCAGACGAUGACGAAAACAAAGAAAAGAGAACAGAUGACAUUGAUCCUUGGGAUCAGGAGUUCCUCAAAGUUGACCAGGGAACACUUUUUGAGCUCAUUCUGGCUGCAAACUACCUCGAUAUCAAAGGUCUUCUAGAUGUCACAUGCAAAACUGUAGCAAACAUGAUCAAAGGUAAAACUCCUGAGGAAAUCAGAAAGACAUUUAACAUUAAGAACGACUUCACUCCAGAAGAAGAAGAACAGGUUCGCAAAGAAAAUGAGUGGUGUGAAGAAAAGUAAAGUUGACUCUAAAUGUGCCGUCUUUACAGAAAAAAACAAACAGUUUAAGAGCAUUGGGAUGAUAGCACUCUUUUUAUUAACCCUAUGGAUUUUAUAGUUCCUAAACAGUUUGUGUAACUUGUACCCUUCUUGAGUGUAAUUCAGUUGAAAUUAUGCAGAGUUCAACCUGCCUUUAGUUUGAUAAUUUUCUUGAGUAGCCACAGCAAAUGUAUAUUUUGUAGCUAAACUAGGUUCAUGUGCAGGGAAGGUCAUAAAUUACUUCAUUAUAUUUGACUUGUAAUUUAUAAUAAAAGAGUGCGUCUGUUUUU